AUGUUUUUUACAUUGCCAUCUACUCAUAGAAGCGAAAUCUAUGCCUAUGUACAUCAUUUCUCAUUAUUUGAUAUUAAUGCCAGAGGCUAUGUUAGACCAUGUGUAUUAAGUUAUAUUACAAAAAAUCCACACAAAAUUAUUAAGUAUUUUGAAAAGUUUAUUUCUCAAUUUAAUCAUUUAACAUCGAUUUUAAAAGCAAAGAACCAUGUACUAUUUGAAAAAGAAUAUAGGCAAAAACAAAAAGAUUUAGAAUUUACUUAUCAACACUAUCAAAAGGAAAGAGAACAGGAACAAAAAGAUAAUAAUAACGAUAAUAAAGAAAAUAACAGCAAUAACGAUAAUAACAAUCAACCACCAUUGUCAUCAACAACCCCAAUCGAUCAAAAUACACCAGGUGAUGAUAUUUAUGAAGAAUUUGAUAUUUUAACAGCAAUUCAAGAUGCAUUACAAGAGUUAACCUCAAUUGAAACUUUAUUUGAUCAAGAAAGAAAGAUUCAAUCAUCCUCAAAUUAUAGGGAAAAGUUUUUAUCAACACCACCCCAUAUGGAGUCAUCUUUAGGAACAAUAUUUUUUUCAGAUAAUAUUAUAAUAGAUUCAGAGCCAAAGAUUGUAGAUACAAUUAACAAAACUGUUCAUUUGGAUAAGCCACUUAGACAUAUCAGUGAACUAUGCCCAGAAGUUUUUGACAAAUUCCUCCAUAAAUUAGAACAAUCAUACAAAUAUUUUUCAAGAUCACCACUUCAAAUGGAAUUUGAUAUUUUAGAUCCACAAGUUUUAAAUCCCAGAGCAUCAUUACUAUCAAUUGGUCAAACAUCAAUUUUAAAUUUUUCUUUUGAAUCUGAAAAGAAAAGUAAUUAUUUUAGAUCACAAUUAAGAGAUAUACAUAAGGCCAAAUCACAUAAUAAGAGUAUUAAUAAAACAUCGUCACAACACAACUCGUUAAGCUCAUAUUCAUCAGAUCCAAGUUCAUAUUUAUCUGUCUAUUCUUCAAAUUCAUUAAACGAUCAAUUUGAAAGAAGCUUUUUUGAAAAUAGUUUUAAUCCAUUCAAUAGUAGAACAGUAGUAAUUGAUAGAAUGUUUAAUCCAGAUAACAAUAAUAACAAUAAUAACAAUAAUAACAAUAAUAACAAUAAUAACAAUAAUAACAAUAAUAACAAUAAUAACAACAAUAAUAAUUUAAAUAUGAACUUGAAUAUUAGCAAUCUUUUAGUUAAUAGCAAUACAAAUAAUAAUGAUAAUAGUGAAACCCUAUUAAUUGGUACAAGUACCAAUAGUCUAUUACCAAUUGAAAAUGUAGAAACACUUCACCAUAUGUUGAAUAAUAAUAAUAAUAAUAUGAAUAAUAUGAAUAAUAGGAAUAAUAGUAAUAGUAAUAGCAAUAAUAAUAGUAAUUAUAGUAACCAAGGAAGAAACAAUAAUAUUAAAAAUAGCUUUGGUAAUUUAAAUCCACCACCUGGAUUAUUAAGUGAUGACAAUAACGGUACAAUUAGAUUCGAAUCAUUUUCAGAUUAUCUUUGGGGCAAUAAUAAAGAUUUAAUUUAUGGAAGGGGUUUAUUAAAAAUAUUAAACAAAUAUACUUGGUUAAGACAUGCUGUCUAUUCUUUAUUAAAAGGAAGACCGUUGGUUAUUUUGGGUUCUCAAGAUAAGGAACAAUUAAUUAUUUCGAUGACAUAUGCAUUAAGUAUUUUUGUUGUAGGUCAACAAAUGAAUGGAAAAGAAGCUUUUGACCCAUGGAAAACAUCACCACUUUCUCUUUCAAAUCUCUCAUCAUUAAAACUUAUUGGUAUGCCCAAGGUAUUAUCCAAAUCACCUUUAAUUCCAAUUAAUGUAGUAAAUUAUAUAUCAAGAAUCGAUUUAGACACCGAAGAGUAUCAUGGCAUUCUUUAUAGUUCUCAACCAGGUAUAGUUGAUGAUAUUUUAGGUCAAAAGAAGAAUUGGUUUACAGAGAAUAUAUACACUGCCCAUAUUCAAGAUCAAUUAUAUGAAUUGGUACUAAAGAGUUUUUAUUAUUAUCAUUUAUGUUGUCUACAAAUUACCUCUCCAGCCAUGUCACCCCAACACCCAUCAUCUCCCUCAUUAUUUAAUAGUAAAAAUAAUAAUGAUAAAAAUAGUGAAAAAACUAAUGGUAAUAAUAGCAUAAAUUCAAACAACUCUAAUUCACCAAGAUCUACUUUAAAUUCAAAUAAUGUUAUUAAAACCAAAAACAAUACAAACUCAUUACUCUCACUUUCAGAAUCUUUACUACCAUCAUUACCAAAUGAAGCUAAUAAUAACAAUAACAAUAAUAAUAACAAUAAUAAUAAUAACAAUAACAAUAAUAAUAAUAAUAACAAUAAUAAUAAUAAUAAUAAUAAUAAUAAUAAUAAUAAUAAUACUAACAAUAACAACACUAAUAACAACAAUCCUAAUAUUAAACAAUCACCACAACGACACUUUUCAAGAUCAGGUAAUUUACAAAAAAAAUCACCAACCACUUUAAAAGCUCAAAGAUCAAUGUCAGAGUCACACAUAAAAUAUAAUUUACCACAUUUCAAUAUUAACAAUAAUCAACCAUCAAUACGUAAUGUCACCUCCAACUCUGCAAACACAACACCGCUAAUGUUUAAUAAUAAAACAUCCAAUCCAUCAUCACCAUCUUCUUCACCAUAUCAUACCCUUGACAAACCAAUGUUAGUUACAGUUGCACCCGACUGA